UUGCUAAGGAAAUAAUGUCGUCACCACCGCCUACAAAACCUCCUAGAGGGGUGAAACAAGGAAGAGAAACGGUAAUACAAGGAAUAUCCUCCGUACUUUUUGCGAGAAUGAAUACUUUGAUAACAUAAUAACUUUACUUACAGAGUGGACUUUUAAUGUCGGUUAUUCGCACUUUAUCGGCGAGUGAGACCAACGAGCAGCGAGAAAAAGAACGUGCUAAACUAGAGAAGGAGUAUAAAAAAAGUGAUGCGAGAUUGGACGAGCUGGUUGCCGAACAUGCACAGGAAAUCAUGGAAGUUAUGCAGAAAUUCAACAGUGUUCAAGCAGCCCUAGCGAGCUGGGGUCAGCACACUGACGCAGCCACAGCUCGGCUGACUGCAUGUCGCAGCUUGCUGCGCGUGCGGCGCGAUGAGCUGCGGCGGCUGUGGCAGGAUGCCAGGACACACCACCACGCGCUUCACAUGCUCACCAUCAUCGAACGUGUGGUAAUCUCCGAGCGCGACAUCCGCGAUCACCUCUCGCGCGGGCUCGUGCUCGCUUGCGCUCACUCGCUUCGCUCCGCGCUUGACACGGCCGCAACCACGCUGUCGCAUGUCAGCGCGCUCAACACUACGAGGGCGCAUCUCGAGGAAAAGAAGCACGAGCUGGUGACGGUGAUUAUAAGGCGGUUGUCAUCGGCACUGUACGGCGAAGCAGCGCCGCUCACACGACGAAUGUCGUCACGCCGCCGAACAGCGCUCCUAUUGGCAGAGCUGACAAAGAGCGAAGAAGUUACCGACGCGUACUUACAAGACAUAACGCCUGAAUUUGAGGCGUCACUCACCGAGGAAGAUAAAACGUUUGAGACUACCGUCAUGAUAUCGCUAGAAGCUCUGGGAGUCUUGAACCAACUCAAAGAAGCCACUGAGAAAUUCAAAGUCCAGAUCCAAGAUGAGCUCCUAACCGUGAUAGAAUCCGUGUCUCGCCGGAUAAUCGAAGACGGAGACGUGGAGCCGGACGUUCCGGACGUGCCGGACGUGCCGGACUCGCCGGACGUACCGUACGAGGUGGUCGAGAACUCGAAACCGUUGCGGCUUGUGAACGCGCUGGUGGAGCAGUUUAGAGCGUGUGCUGCGAGGAAUAAAAGACUCCUUCAACUGUGGCGGGCCGCGUUACAGAAACAUAAGAUCUCAGACUCGUGUCUCCACACCGAGAUACAUUACUGGAGCGCCGUUCAACAAGUCCUCCAACUACUACUGACAGACUACCUCCAAAUAGAGAGCGUGACUCUCGCCGCCGCCCGUUCCACCAGCGCUUCGGACACGCACAGCGAACUUCGCAUCGCCGACUAUUUCGCCAAAAAGCGACCGCAGCGGCGCGAGAAACUUUUCAAGCUUAAUGUGGGCGUGGUACCGACAGUAAGCGCGGUGGCGCGCCGGUACCCGCUCGUGUGCCGCCCGGACCCCGGCCUGCUGCACGUGCUGCUGCCGACUCUACACGCGCUCACACACGACAUCGAGCCCGUCGUCGGCGGCGAAUGCUCGCUACGAGCGUUCAUCACGGACUACGUCCGGUCCGGGGAGAGCGAGCGGCUCGCGAGCGAGGCGAGGGCUUCUAUCGAGGUCGCUAUGAAGGCUGCUGCGUGGCGCGAGCGAGCGCCGCCGGAACCACCGAGCGCUAACCACCGGCUGGUGUUCUCGUGCUGCACGGCGGGCUGGGCGGCGGUGGCGCGCUGCGCGCUGGCGGCGCGGCGCUGCGGCGCGAGCGGCGCCACGCACGCCCUGCGCGCGCUGCCCGCCGCGCUGGCCGCGCUCGCCGCGCACGCGCGCGCCGCGCACCAGCGCCUGCAGCCCGCCGCGCCCGCCAGGGCGGCCAAGUGGCUGGCCGACGAUGACAUCGUCCGCUUCCUGCAGGCGCUGCCUAACUGGCAGGCCGUUGUGGACCCGAACUCCGCCAGUAAAAACGAGCAGGAUCUGAAACAGGCAUACGAACGGGAGGCCGAAAUUUUGGGCUCGAGUCUCGGUGACGGCGCCGUGUCUCGCCGCGAAAUCGUCGGGGACAUCAAUGCUUUAGGCGACCUGGCAUUACUCUGCGAGUCCAUGGACUGGCUGGCCUCCAACAUCCGGUCGCUGCCGGGGCUGCUCACGGCGCCGUCCGGCGGCGUCCGGUUGACCGACAAGCUGCGCGAAGACAUAUCUGCCGCGGCCGCUAUCUUUGACGAGAUCUCUUAUAAAUGCCUGCUGUUUCUACAUCUGGAGAUGCGAAUCCAAUGCUUCCACUACCUCGGUCAGCCGGCGGGCGGGGACGACGACGAGGCGGGCGGCGCGGGGCGCCUCGCACACGCGCUGCUCGCCUUCCACGAACACGCGCACAAUGUCAUGGCGGCCGGCCGGACAGCGUACAUCUUCAACGGCAUCGGUGAGAUGAUGUCCGCGGGCGUAGUGUGGCGCUGGCAGUGCAUGGACGCGGAGCUAGCAGGCGGAACCCUCGCUACGCUCAGGCACUGCUUAGCGGCUCUCUCGCUGCCGCACGCCGGUUUGCAGCGAGCGCACGAAUAUUCGCGUCUAUUGCUCGCCAUGCCGGAGCCUGAGGAAAUCAUAGCAUCGAUUCGGGAGAAGGGCGCACAAUUCACUGAAUUGGAGUAUCUGAACGCCUUCAAAGUGAUCGCGGCGCGUCGCGGGCUGUCCCAAGCCGACAUGAAACCACAUCUCAAAGCUCUGGCUAGUGCCUUAGGUCAUGUUGGGGUCACUGUUUAAGGCUCUAUAUCUGGGGAGCCAAAAUUAUUAAACCGCUUCGAUUCAGAUUGAGUAAACCUGAGUAGCAAGAUGAGAGAGUGUCCUGGAUUUGUCCUAGGGCUUAUACAUAAGUCGGUUUGAGAGAAAAUUUCUCCCGCCAUUCAGUCUGACUACUCUGCUCAGCGAACAGUCGUGUUGGAGUCACUGUUUGAGGUCCUAGCUGUCUUAGCACCCUAGGGUUAUCGUGUAAACUUGUGAAGCAUUUAUCGGACUGGCGCCUGGAAAUCGACUGGCUCUACUACUGACUGUUUUCUCAUACAAGAAACGUACGACUAGAAGUAGUCCUCAUAUAAAUAAAAGAUAGAUCUAGCAGCAGGUCAGGAUCUCGACGACUACCCGUGCAGGUCAGGAACUAAUACGAGAAUAAUCUGCCAAAAGGUACUGUUCGUCUAUUGUCGUAAGUUAUUUUACAUGCCCGGCGUUUAGAGUUUAACGUUAGAGCGUUUCUUUUUUCUAGCUUUCUAUUAUACAAAUACAUAGAAGUAUUGAUUAUGGAUUUUACAUGAAUUCAUUGACAAUUAGUGUACUCGUUAAUUAAGGCAUUAAGGUAACACUUCUUUAAAUCAUGUCUUUUAUUCAUAUGGAUAUCAUGUUUAUAUUAAAAUUUAAAAGACUUUAUAUUUAAAUCAAAUUAAUAAAAUUCUGUUCAUGAGUUGUUCGAUUUGUAGCUGGCCUGGUCUAUUGUUAAGUAAAACCACA